AUUGUGCAUCGUUGUGUUGUGGUGUUCAACGYUUCCUUCGAAAAUAUAAGGCUUGAUCUCUGCAUCAAGAUGUCUAAAGAAAAAGAUACCAAGCGAUUGAAGCAGGUGCGAGUGUGGACUGAUGGCUGUUUUGAUAUGGUUCAUUUCGGACACGCGAAUGCACUCCGACAGGCCAAAGCAAUGGGUGACGUACUAAUAGUGGGUGUUCACAGUGAUGAAGAAAUAGCUGCAAACAAGGGCCCUCCUGUCUUUAACCAAGARGAAAGGUAUAAAAUGGUACGUGCUAUCAAAUGGGUCGAUGAAGUCGUCGAAGGAGCACCGUACGUGACGACUUUGGAGACGAUGGACGAACAUGGCUGCGASUUCUGUGUUCAUGGUGAUGACAUCACGCUAUCAGCUGAUGGUGUUGACACCUACCACAUCGUCAAAAGCAAUGGCAGAUACAAGGAGUGCAAACGAACCCCAGGAGUUUCCACUACUAACUUGGUAGGACGUAUGUUACUUUUAACAAAGGAACAUUUUGAUAAAGGUGUMCCUAUAAGCUCUUUGGAUCCAGAGCAAAUCAGUAGUGCUAGCUCAGAUGCUGCAGCCAAAAGCCCUUACACCUGUGUUUCUCACUUUUUGCCCACCUCCCAAAGGAUUGUGCAGUUUUCUGAUGGGAAAGAACCRGGUCCUAAUGACAGGAUAGUGUACACUGCGGGAGCUUUUGACCUCUUCCACGUUGGGUUUUUGGAUUUCUUGGAGAAGGCCAAGGAACAGGGAGACUACCUAAUUGUUGGUCUUCACACAGAUCAGGUUGUCAAUCAUUAUAAAGGCAGCAAUUAUCCUAUCAUGAAUCUACAUGAGAGAGUUCUUAGUGUAUUGGCUUGCCGAUAUGUAGAUCAAGUUAUUAUUGGUGCUCCRUAUGUUGUGUCAGAGGAACUGAUGGAGCAAUUCAAGGUUGAUCUGGUGGUUCAUGGKUCAACUCCAAUAAUGAAUGACAGCAAAGGCAAUGAUCCCUAUGAAAUUCCAAGAAAACGCAAUGCAUUCAAGAUGCUCAAUAGCGCAACAUCAAUCACUACUGCUGAUAUUGUGGCAAGAAUCAUUCGCAAUAAAUUGAAGUUUGAAGAAAGGAACAAGAAAAAGGAGGCCAAGGARCUUGCUGCAUACGAAGCUUUACAAAAUCAGAUUCAGUCAACAGAAUCUUCAUAAAAACAAUCAAUAUUUUUUAAGUGCAGGUUUUGGUAAUAUAUAAUAGCUUUGGUGCUUGUUUUGACAGUUUUAAUGUGUAUAGGGUAUUUAUURAAUUGCACGUCUUUGUUUUCAAUUUGUAUUCAGCAAGGUCAGCAUUAAUGUAUUGUGUUCAUUCCUCUUUGAAUGCCAUUUCUCUUGUAUUGGACGAGACUAUUACAUAGUCUAUCUACUCUAUCAGCAUACUGAUGCAUUGGUUUAACAAAAUUUUAAUAAAACUGUUUUUGACUUCUCUGCUC